CUGGUCAGAUGUGUAGUCAGAGUGUGUGGGAGAGAGUAAGAGAGAGAGAGAGAGAGGCUGUGUUUUCCUAAGGACUCUAUGCACGGCAGUACCAUCACACACUCCAGUAGAUCUCUGACACAGACUUUGACAGUGAAUCAGAGGUAUUCAAGAAAAGGACUGGAAAUCCCACAGAUGUCAUGCAGUCUCAGAGGACGGUGGUAUGUGACCAUCUCAAUGGCUCCAGGAUCGUUUUCUCAGAUGAAACUCGACCAGGAAACGCUCUGUCCCCAGACAUGACCCAGGAAGUAGUCGUGAUCUCGCCUGAUAUUCUCACGCCUCCUCCGACCCCAUACUACAGGAGCGGUGCUUCUAUAGCUCUUCAACACAACGUUGCAGAGGUAAAUGGAGGUGCAGUCCCCGCCCCAAGUUUCGGAUCUUACUACGGGCCAGGCCAAUCACAUGAUCAAUUGCCUAACGGUGGACCACGCUCUGCUACUCUGCCUCGUACUUCUGUUACCAGAGAGGAGAGGCUCAUCAAGUUCUCUGGGAUUGGCCCUGUAGAUGAAACCGGCAUGCCGAUCGCUUCCCGAUCUAGUGUGAACAAACCUAAGGACUGGUACAGGAGCAUGUUUCGACAGAUCCACAAGAAACCAGAGGAGCCAGAAAUCGACUGGCAAGAACGAAGGCUGAAUGCCACUCCACCUGAAGAGCCGACUCAGGAGGACGGACACAGACCUGGAAAAGACCCCUUCACCCUGACCCAGCAUGGAGCGCUGCCUGACUGGGCUGACCUGGGCAAUGUAGUUAGGAUUCCAGAGCCGAAGAGCAUUUUCGACUUCGAGCCAGGACGAGGAGCCACGGAGGAGGAACGUACGCAGUCACCAAGACAACUGCCAGAGUACCACCUUUCCCCUGAGAGAGCCCACUCUCCCUCCAUAGAGGCCACUCUAGUGUCGGAGCUGAACCGUUUCGAGGCAGAGCUGGACUCCGACAUCCGUGGCCUGGAGAGGAAGCUGUCUCAGAAGAAGCAGCAGCCACAACGGCGAGGAAGGGGUGAGGCUGAAAGGAACAACAGUACCGGAGCAGGGACAUCUGGGAAAGGACAGGACUACAGCUACAUAAUCGGAGAAAAGCACCUUGGAACGAAAGAUAGCGGUAAUACCCCUCCAAGCCAUCCCACAAUCCCUCGCCCCGGCGGUCAGCGGGACGUCGUGCCUAGUCUCACUUAUACUAAUGACAGAACACCGUGUGGGUCUGCAAACAUGGACUUUCCACCUAAGAGAGAGGAGAAAAAGAUGAAAGCAGCACGAGCCAAAUUCGAUUUCCAAGCCCAGUCACCCAAGGAGCUGACCCUGCAGAAGGGCGAUGUGGUGUAUAUUCAUCGGCAGAUCGAUGGCAAUUGGUACGAAGGAGAGCAUCAUGGGAGAGCAGGGAUUUUUCCUACUAGCUAUGUUGAGAUCAUUCCUCCGACAGAGAAGCCAGUGCCAAUAAAGUCUCCCAGUGUCCAGGUGCUGGAGUAUGGCGAGGCGGUGGCUCUGUUCAACUUCAACGCAGACCUGCCGGUGGAGCUGUCUUUCCGGAAGGGCGAGGUGAUAUCCAUAACACGACGGGUGGAUGACCGUUGGUUGGAGGGUCGGAUCCCAGGCACCUCCCGCAGCGGCAUUUUCCCCGCCAACUACGUGCAGGUCAACAAACUGCCCCGCACCAAAACCGCUGAUGACCUUUCACCCUGCCCUCUCUCGCCCCUCUCCCCUUCCCCUCGCUGCACUCAGGCUCCGCUUUCACCUCACGCGCGCACCAGCCAGUCACGCUCACCCCUCUCACCCACACAGCCCACCGCCACCAAACAGCCGUCCAGUCACUUUGUGUUCUCGCCUGGCCCCGCCUCACCCACUUCACCCAACAGCCACAGGAGUUUCUCACCUUCAGCAUGCAGCUCACUGGACAGAGAGGCGAGAUCCCCUGUUUCACCAUACAGUCCUGUGCUGGCGUCUCCACAGGGCCCAGGGCUGGCUAUGAACAUGAGCCCGAGACCUUCGUAUCCUUAUCAGGAUGGAACCAGGACACACUCUCCUCAGUCUUAUACAAACUUUAAAACUCCACCAUCGGCAGCUUCCCCAGUCAACAGCAGCACAACAGUCAUACCGCGACAGCCGUAUAAGGCAGUUUACAACUACAAGCCCCAGAAUGGAGAUGAGCUGGAGCUGAGGGAGGGCGACAUCGUUCAGGUGAUGGAGAAGUGCGACGAUGGCUGGUUUGUAGGUACGUCUGAGAGGACUCGUGCUUUUGGAACGUUCCCUGGCAACUAUGUGGCACCUGUUUGAACGUGAACAACUGUUUUGGCACUUUCACUACUUCUGCAGCGUCGCUCACUAAUCCGAAGGAAAAAAAUUCCCCUCACACACACACACACACACAUACAGUAUAUGCACAAUCGAUCAUCAGUCUCAGCAUUAUUUUCACUCACUAUUUACAGCUCCUGAACUGGUUUGCAUGCACACUCCGUUCACAUUUUGAGCACUUGCGUGUGUUUGUGUCUGCGCGUGUACUGUAUGCCUUUUCACAACGAUGUACUGGCAAUGGCAAAGACACUAUGUUUGGAACAGCCCAGGCAACUCACUUGUUUUUAAAACCACCUCUGACUGAUAUGAGAGGCGGCCACGGGGUGCGGUAUGGUGUGGACCGGAGUGCUGCCGUAGUGAACAGGCACAGGGACACGCUCCUUAUCAUCCACACGCUUGUUUUGCAGAGCAUCCAGUGUUUGACGUUUUUGUGUAAAGAUUUCCUCCGUCCUGCGUUUCAGAUUUGUAACAGCGCAUCGCUCUGAACACUACAUGAGGACGCACAUCAUCUGGAUGGAUGAAACUUUUUCAGUUAUCGUGAUCAUCACAAUUUCUUUUAUUUUAUUUUGGCUUAGCUAAAAUGAGUUUGAUUGUAACUACACAACCGUGCAAAUCAUUGCCUGCUAGAGCUUUAUUAAUGUGUAGAGUAUACAGUGUAUAUAUAUAUAUAUAUAUAUAUAUAUAUAUAUAUAUAUAUAUAUAUAUAUGCUGUAAGUGUUGUAUUUGUUAAUCUAUUGCUUAGGCACUAUUGAAGUAUCACCUCACUCUGCAGCAUUCUGGGGAUUUUUGUAAUUUGUAAUAUUUUAAGCAAGUGACUCAGACAGAUCUGGCUUCAGUAUGUUAAUAUACAGUAGAACGUGAACAUGUCUGUGGUUAAUUAGCUAAAGUUUGACACUUCAGGACUGUAGGUGAGAAGGGCUAAAUACAGUAUCUUUGGCUGCAUACCAAAAAAACCUAUUGUCAUAUACUUAUUUUAGUGUACUAGAUCAUUGUUCUGUGUUGAGCAAUACAUUUCCCGACAUCGAUUACACAAAUUAUAGGCAUGACCUGCGUCAUGAAGGGUAAGGCUCAGUCAUCGAGAUCAGGCGUUCCUUAUGGAAAAGACGUCUCAUGACAUUGCUAGAAUGUUGCUACUCCACCUACCUGAUCUGGUGGAAAAUUCACAACAGUGAUUGGGAUGUGUGUGGUUUUUUUUUGUUUUGUUUUUUUCGUUUCUUGGAGUUAACCUGUAGUUAACCAUUCUAACUUGAAACAUUUUGGUUUUGGUUGUGUUUUGGGAAACAAUUGCAGCUUGCACUGACCACGCUCAUAUUCAUUCCCGAUUUUUUUUUUUUUUUUUUUUACAGCUUAACAUGAUAUUAAUUGUAUUACAUACAUACUGUAUUGGCCACUAGCUUCCUUAUAGAGAGCGAAAAUAUUUUUAGAAAGAUGAAGCAAGAUGUUAAACUGAAGUAUAAAGAACUAUGGAGUGUUUUGAUCCUAUCAUGAACAAAAAAAAUGUGACAUUCUGUCCCAAACUACAGUGUGUUACAGUGUGUUGACUGACAUCCUUGUCACCGUCAGUUCCAAGUAAAAACCAACUUCUUAGUAAGUCUUCCUCACAUUCCUAGUCAUGCAACUUGAAAAACAGAAGAACAGUGAUUGGAUCACAGCUUAUUAUGGGAUGUUUAGGUUACAAAAGAAGGGUGAACGCUUGUAUGUGGUUGUAUUGUGUAUGAUACCGCUUUCUAUCUCAAGUAUUAUUUCCUUUUUUUUUCCCCUUCCUGAGACUGUACAGAUAUUAACAGUUAUCAAACUGCAAAAAUAUAAUAUAUUUUUACUGAUUGCACAGUGUAUUUCAGUGGCUAUGGUACUCACGGAUUUUGAUAAGCAUCAAAUAAAUGCAUCCUGUGCUGGGAAAAAGGAUA